AUGCUUAGCACACUUGCUUUAAAGUAUUGCCAUCAGAUUCUGUUCGAUCCGAAAUUCUUGAUAAGAAAAGAAUUCAAGUUUAAAAAACUACCAAUUAUUGUCAGAAUGUUGAUAAUGCAAUUAAUGGAUCCAGCUGAACGGCUACAUUACAAAAAAGGGACACUAAUUGAAAACACAGCUCUAGCUAUCAACAAAAUGUCCAGUGUUUUUAAUAUGGACGGUCUCGAAAUGUUGUUCACCAAAGUGACUUCUAGUUUGAUACGUCUCAAAAAUAUAUUCUCCAAUGACACUUUCAAAUCAUCUUGGGACAAAAUCACAGUGCACGAUAUUGUAUUGAAUUCAGAGAUUGUCAACUUCUUUUUGAAUAUGGCGGAUCGUCGUAAAGAGUUUCAAAUUUUUGAUUGUGACAUGCCAUUGGAUUUUAAGCAUGAGAAUGCACUCAAAUUUGGAACCACUGAUUACGGUGAUGCACGAUGGGUCACUUUGAGGGACAUGCUCAAAAUCAGAGGUGUAGAAAAUGUGGCAUUGUACAGGACUACACUCACUUCGAAUCAUGUGAGACAUUUCAUUUCCCAUUGGAUUAAUUGCCGAAACGAUAUGUUCGAAUGGAUGAGAAUCACAGCGAUGGAAAUUAUUCAGCUGGGAGGAGAACUAUUCAACGAAUUAGUUGUGUUGGAACAUCACUUUAACCCUCCGAACAUCGUAUACUUCACACUUGCCAAAUCAACUUCACGAGUUUUCAAGCUGUUGGAAAUUUAUCAUGAAGUAAAUUCUGUGAUACUAUCUGCGUCGGAAUCUUAUGAUGAACGCAGAAAUGGAAAUGAAGAAGAAAUGCUUAAAAACGUUUAUGAGAUCCUGGAACUGUUGGAGAAGGAGAAAACAUUGGAAAAGGAGUUGGAGGAGAUAAAAGAUGUAGCGAAACGGAGAGUAUACAGGGAUCAAAUCCAGGAAUUGGAAAGAAAGAUUCAUGAAUUGGGAGUGGUUUAUCGAGAUGGAAGAGCUACUAUUUAA